GACCAGAUUGGACAAAUGGAGAUAGCACAUGCAAGGAGUUUUGAAACUAUCAAACUGUUCACUGAUGUGACGACUCUGCCUUGUUAAAUCGAUAUGGCUUUGGCUGGAAUCCGUGUGAUAGAGCUUGCUGGCCUGGCUCCAGCCCCAUUCUGCGGCAUGAUCCUAUCCGAUUUUGGAGCCAAAGUGAUCCGUGUGGAUAGGAUCAAGGCAUCCAUGACAGUUGAUGUGCAGUCCCGUGGUAAACAAUCAGUGGCCUUGGACUUAAAGAAACCACAAGGGGCUGCUGUUCUGAAGAGACUGUGUGUUGAGAGUGAUGUUUUAAUUGAGCCCUUCCGCAACGGUGUGAUGGAGAAGCUGGGACUUGGUCCAAAUGAAAUUCUAAAAGAUAACCCAAGAUUAAUUUAUGCCAGACUGACCGGAUUUGGACAGAGUGGAUCAUAUGCCAAGGCAGCAGGUCAUGACAUCAACUACAUUGCUAUGUCAGGUUUGCUGUCUAUGCUUGGGAGACACAAUGAGAACCCAUAUGCACCCCUCAAUCUGUUGGCUGACUUUGCUGGAGGAGGCCUAAUAUGUGCAAUGGGGAUUGUCUUGGCCCUGUUGGAGAGGGUGAAAUCUGGCCAAGGACAGGUGAUUGACACAAGCAUGGUCGAAGGAGCGGCUUAUGUUGGAUCCUUUCUAUGGAAAUCCCAAAACCUUGGCCUUUGGAACAGAUCGCGGGGAGAAAAUAUGUUAGAUAGUGGUGCGCCCUUUUAUGAAACAUACAAGACUGCGGAUGGGAAGUACAUGGCAGUGGGCGCUAUUGAGCCCCAGUUUUACGAGGAACUCAUUAAAGGUCUUGAUUUGGAUGCUUCUCAAUUGCCACUGCAGAUGAGCUUUUCUGACUGGCCCGAGCUGAAGAGAAUUUUUACAGAAACCUUUGCCAGCAAGACUCAGGCAGAGUGGUCAAAGAUCUUUGAUGGAACGGAUGCCUGUGUGACGCCUGUCUUGUCGCUGGAUAAAGUCAGCUCUCACCCACACAACAGGGAGCGAGGAUCUUUCAUUGUCGAUGCCCAGGGGGAGAUUAGCCCUAGACCAGCCCCCCUGCUUUCUCGGACACCAGCUACUCCCUGUCUCAGUGGGGGCCCUUUAAUUGGAGAGCAUACUGAUUUGGUACUGGCAGAAUACGGAUACAGCAAAGAUGAGAUCGCCAAACUGCAGUCCUCUGGAAUCAUAGAAUGUAACAAAACAAAGUCACGCUUGUAAGAUGUAGGAGGAAUGUUCACCUUUUGUUGCCUUAUAGCCUGGAAUUAAAAU